GGAUGGCUUAAAUACCAGGUCCUCCUGUCCCCUGGUGACUGCAGACGCCUGAGCCGGCACUCACAGCACAGAGCAUGGCCAGCCUGCAGGCCCCCCUCCUGGUGGCCCUCAUCCUCCUCUCUGUGGCUCUUCAGGCAACGGAUGCAGGUCCCUAUGGCGCCAACGUGGAAGACAGCAUCUGCUGCCGGGACUACAUCCGCCUCCCGCUGCCCCAGCGUCUAGUGAAGAGUUUCUACUGGACCUCAGACUCCUGCCGCAGGCCCGGUGUCGUCUUGCAAACCAUCAGGGACCGGGAGAUCUGUGCCAACCCCAAACUGCCCUGGGUGAAAAGGAUUAUUCAGAAGUUACAAGAGUGAGAAGGUCCCGGAUGACCACGGCCUUGGCUUUCCGAAGGCUCGGCGAGCCCUCCCUCUCCGCCAUCAUGGCAGCUGCCAAACAGAAGCCUGUGCCAGCGACUCCGCAUUCCCCGAGCUCCGUCCCGACAGCUGUCCCCUCAGCCAGGCCUCCUGGCCACCUCUCCUCCCCUGGGGCAGUCUCUGCCCUGGCUCCUCCUGGCUUCCGAGCUCCUGGACCUGCUCCCAGCCUCCAGGUCUGCUGGUCCCCUCCGGCCUUGUCCCCUCCCCUCCUGCACACUGAGCUGCAGCCUCCCGCCUCCCGUCCCAGCCCGUCAUUUGUACCCCUGGGCAAGUCCCUCUGAGGCCUUGCUUGCCUCGGCAGGCCACGAUGGGGUUUCAUUCUGUGACUUUCCUGGUCCCCAACAGACUCAACCUCAGUCUGCUCGGGAUCUGGGGCUGCCUGCUGUCCGGCCCUCCUGGUUAGGCCACGGUCCCCAUCUGUGUUACUCUGUCUGCUGGUCUCCAGGCCCUGGGCCUGAAUCCAAGAGUAGCAAGGGGCCCUGGGCUGAAUCAACAAUAAUGUCCCCCCAUCUUUCACCAAAAGGAUGUAAUCCUUCAACACAGACUCAGGUCACUAGAAAGGGGACAGCUGUGUCAAUUGUGAAUUCCCAAAUUUGCCCAAAUUCAUCCCCCCCGUGCCAAAUUUUUGCUAUCUACUGGGUCUUUUUUUUUUUAAAAAAAAAGUCUUAGUUUUGAUUUUAAUUUCUUUUUUCUCUUUUUGGCUCUGGGGAUUGAACUAGGCAAGCGCUCUGCCGCUGAGGUGCCUGCCCGGUGCGGCUUGGGCUUCUUGCUCUUUUUCUUCCCUCAGACUUGGUGGCCCUCUGACAUCCAGCACUCAGGCCCGAGCUCCACCCCACGCCACCUCCCGCCUCCUUCCCUAAAUAGCUGAUAACCUCAACGACUGCCUGACUUGGUAUUAUAAGCUCCAGUUAUUUAUAUGUGAAAAGAAUGUAACUACUUAAGAGGAAAUGAAAGAAUAGGGGGAUUUCAGGAAUUGGGUGGGAGGGGACAAGGUCCUGGCCUGCGAGGCGGCUGGCAUGGUGGGGCAGCUGUGGGGGGGUUUACAGUGACGUGAAGGAGUCCGUCUGCAGGUGGUUGGGGUCAGGCUAAGAACUGGGACUCGGGACUUACCUGUGCCUCCCUGGGGACAGCAGUGUCACAGGUGGUGGGAGUCCUUUCUGAGGAACUCAGUGGGUGAUUGGAACUGUGUGACCCCUGAGGAGAUGGGUGCCCCACUCUAGGCCUCACCUGAGGAGGGAGGAGGAGAAGAGCCGCCUCAGGGGGCUGUGAAGGGCUCAGGGUCAGUGUGUAGGGAGGGACGGAUUGCCAGCUGCGUUGCUGCGUCUCUCGGGGCCUCUGUCCUUCCGGGAGCCCCCGUUAUCCGCCUGCCACAGGCCCUGCUCACCUGCCUGCUGCCUGUGAGCAGAGCCCUCACCUGCCCUGGGGUCUCCUUCCUUGCUGCCCACCCCCUCUGCUGCUCAGACUUUCUGGAAAAUAAAUCCUCUUAAAUAGUG